AAAACAACUCAAUUGGGUUUCAUAAUAUGUGGACUCGCUCCAAGUACAAUCAAAAUUUCCUGAUGUAAAGCAAAACCUUUAUCCAGCACCUCUUUGACAAUGGAAAAGGAAUCCUUGAUCACCAUGACGAAGCUUCUCAGGAUUGCGUGAAGGACCCGAGUAAUCCGACAUCUCAAUUGCUCGGAUCGCGGGAUUUCACCAUGACUCGCAAUCCAGAUCCCUUUUACAACCACCAAAGACCCAAACACCUGACCAAGCCUUUGCGGCCAUGGACUGAAAUCGCGCCCAGCAGGCAGCCUCCAAGCGAGACUCCCGGUAGAACCGAACUUGGGUUGGGCUACAGCCGGGAUUCGGGGCAGAUUUUUGUUGACUAUGAAGUCCGUUUGAGCAGAAACAAGAACUCGGACUGGAUCAGGGACUACCGAACGCCCUCGUUGGCGAGGAGAGCCGACCGAGCCAAUGACGGCAAAGGUGCUCGUUCUUUGGCCUCGAUAGCUCAAAGUAGAGUGGCUGCGCAGAUGCGAGAUUUGACGCCAGACCACUUUUACAUGAUUCCCUGGGCAAUGGCGGAGGAAAUCUGGCACGAUAUCCUUGAUAGACGAACUGAAAGCUUCCAUGCGUGGAGGACACUGGCAUCAGCCUUUCCGCACGCAGACGAAUUUGGACAGCGAGAAUAUCGAUAUCUGCUAGACAUCCGACAACCCCAGUUGGCAGUCUCUGAUUACUUCUCCUCCAUCACUUCUUGGGACCUGAAAUGGUUAACUUGCCUUCGAAUAUCCCCCAAGCAGCUGGCCAAGAGCGAUCUCGUAGCCAUCCACCAAAUCAGCAACCUAGCCAUACUCGAUCUUUCCGAUGGCCAAGUCACCAUCGGCUCUAAUGUGUCAUGUUUCGACGAAAGGGUCAUGCGAACAUGGGCGGAGCUUGCCGCCGCCAAGCAGGCUUUCCAACAUCUGAGGGUUAUGUUAUUCGGAUGGCAGGAGGAUCUUUCUGACUGGAUCUUUCGAUACGUCAAUCAAUUCCCGUCACUUUGUUAUAUCAUUGUGACCGACUGUCCAGGAAUGCACCAGAGAAACCGUCCUGAAUGGGAACCAUCAUCCAAACCCAGAGGGUGGGAGGCGAAACACGCCAAACCUAGCGCUAAGAGUCUACGGCCUAUCGUGGGCGAAAAAGAAUUUGGCCCGGGCGCUAUAUCUGGAUGUUACUACGAAAGCAUGGGGUUAUAUGAAAGCCUGGCCAACCCACGACGGCCAGAUCUGACCGAGAGUGUUCCGAUACUUGAGACUUGGAUUGGAUCGCCACGGCCCUGGACUCAUAUUGUUGAGGACUUUCCUUCGACGCGGACUAUUUUUUUUGAAAAUAUAAAAACUAAGAGCUGGGAAGAGACACAGGCAAAGGCAAAGGCGAAGAGUACCGGCGAUGAUCAAGUCAAGCGGUCGAGGAACAGCGGGAUGUAUUCGCACGAGAGUGCAUCACCUCCACCGAAAAGAGCUGGAUCACAGGCUCGACCGUUGAGAAAGCCGGUGGGCAAGACAAUGGCUGAUAUAUUGGCUGAGUUUCAUUAGGGACGCUUCGAGGAAUGGAGUCGUCUCGAGAAGCGGACUUGAACAGCUUACGUCUCAAUCAAGGAGACCUGAUGACAUGAUAGAGUAUGAUAUAUACUAAGAUGAAUCUACCGCAAUGACAAUUCGCAGAUUAAGUCGAG